AUGGGCCACCUCGCACAUAUCGAAACCGUCAUGGAAGCUUACGACGACAUCCUCUACCACUAUAAAUAUGACGACGAGCAUCCCUUGAAUAUGCCAAAGAAAGAAGUCAUUGUGCAACAAAAGGCGGAUUUCAACUUCUGGGCAAUACAUUCGGGCGUAUGCAUACCAGAACUUGACCUUAAACACGAGUUCGAACGGGAAGCAUUAAAAGAACUUGACACCUUCAUCGUGACUGCACAUAAACUCGAGAGACUAUAUCAAGAAGAUUCAAGUCCGGCUGUCACAUGGUUGGCAGAUGAGUAUGUGGCCUCGUUGUCACAAAUGCUGAGCCAGCUGGCUCAUAUAUUCGGCGUACUUGUGCCUUCGUUGCAGAAUACAGCAACGGGUUCUGGGCAGUCAACUGGAGCUUGA